GCGCAGCCCCGCCCCGGCCCCCCCCACCUCGGGCAAUGGGCGGGGGCCGGGCGGAGCGGGGAGCACAGCACGGCACGGCACGGCUCGGCACGGCUCCGCUCCGCUCCGCUCUCCAGCCAUGGCAUCCAAGUGCCCCAAGUGCGACAAGACCGUUUAUUUCGCUGAGAAGGUCUCCUCCCUGGGCAAGGACUGGCACAAGUUCUGCUUGAAGUGUGAGCGCUGCAACAAGACCCUGACGCCAGGAGGGCACGCUGAGCAUGAUGGGAAACCCUUCUGCCACAAGCCCUGCUAUGCGACGCUGUUUGGCCCCAAAGGGGUGAACAUCGGUGGUGCCGGGUCGUACAUCUACGAGAAGCCUCAGAUUGAGGGGCAGACUGCACCAGGGCCCAUCGAGCACCCAGCCAGGGUGGAGGAGAAGAAGGUGAACGCUGCUCCUCCCAAGGGACCCAGCAAAGCCUCCAGCGUCACCACCUUCACUGGGGAGCCCAACAUGUGCCCACGCUGUGGCAAGAGGGUCUAUUUUGCCGAGAAGGUGACCUCUCUGGGGAAGGACUGGCACCGGCCCUGCCUACGCUGCGAGCGCUGCAGCAAGACGCUGACCCCCGGGGGCCACGCCGAGCACGACGGGCAGCCCUACUGCCACAAGCCGUGCUACGGGAUCCUCUUCGGGCCCAAGGGUGUCAACACCGGAGCCGUGGGCAGCUACAUCUACGACAAAGACCCUGAGGCAAAGAACCAGCCCUAGGCGGCACUCUCACCUCCCACACCUACAAGUACCGGAGCAGCCCUCGGCCACGGAGCUGUGCUCUCUGCUGUCUCUAUAGAACCUCCGGGUUCUGUACCAUAGUCCCUAAUAUAAGCUUCAGUGUUUAAAGGCAAAGGUAGAAAGCAUCUCUGCUCAUCCCCUGUGUGCUCUGCCUUCCCCAGGACGGGCUGGAAGGGCUGGUCGCUGCUGCCCCAGUUCAGGGGAUGCUGUGACACCAGUGACACUUGGUCCCCGGCCGGCUCAGCUCCUGCAUCCCCAUCCUUGCAUCCCCCAACCCACCCCACUGUGGGGUCCAGCUGCUCCCCGUGCCCGGGGGGAGGCAGAGCGCAUCGGGCCCUGAGCCUGAGGUUUCCCGUCGCGGUGUUUAUUUAUGAGCUGUUGUCAGUGUGCUCCCAGCUGUGGGGACACCCCCUCGCCCCUCCCCUACGCGCACGCUGCUUGCGCUGCCCACCCACCCACCCACCCGGCCGUGCGCUCCCCGGACUUUUGUUAUUUGCUGAUAAUAAAGGUUUUGAGA